GGCGGGUUCCGCCGCUGUCCCAGCCUGCUUUGAGAGUUCGUAUUUUUGGCCACGUCCCCAGGCCACGUCGCUCCUCGCUCGCCAUUUUUCUCGCACUCCGGCUCGCUGGGAAGGCAGCGGGGCUCUGACAAGCGCUUCGGCACAGGCUGAGAGACGCCCUCCACCCACCCACCCAUCCGCUCCCGCUCCCGCUCCCGACUGACCGCGCCGGCCGCCGCGUCCGCCACACCGCCACCCGCCAUGAACGUGUUCAGGCUCACCGGGGACCUGUCCCACUUGGCCGCCAUCAUCAUCCUGCUGCUCAAGAUAUGGAAAACCAGGUCUUGCGCCGGCAUAUCGGGGAAGAGUCAGAUCCUCUUCGCACUGGUUUUCACCACUCGGUAUCUGGAUCUCUUUACGUCCUUCAUCUCCCUCUACAACACCAGCAUGAAGGUCAUCUACAUCGGCUGUGCGUACGCCACGGUCUACCUGAUCUACGUCAAGUUCAAGGCCACCUAUGAUGGGAACCACGACACCUUCCGGGUGGAGUUCCUGGUGGUGCCGGUGGGGGGGCUGUCCUUCCUGGUCAACCACGACUUCUCUCCCCUGGAGAUCCUGUGGACCUUCUCCAUCUACCUGGAGUCGGUGGCCAUCCUGCCGCAGCUCUUCAUGAUCAGCAAGACGGGCGAGGCCGAGACCAUCACCACGCACUACCUGUUCUUCCUGGGCCUGUACCGCGCCCUCUACCUCAUCAACUGGAUCUGGCGCUUCUACUUCGAGGGCUUCUUCGACAUGAUCGCCAUCGUGGCCGGCGUGGUGCAGACCAUCCUCUACUGCGACUUCUUCUACCUUUACGUCACAAAGGUGCUGAAAGGGAAGAAGCUGAGCCUGCCGGCCUAAUUGCCAAAGACCAACAGCCGCGUCUGUCCGCCGUAUCGCAGGGGCAGAAGCCAUCUUUGCCACAAGCUAGCGUAAGAUGCCUGAGACAGAGAGCGAAAGGGAAACACUACUGUUUUUUGUAUCUCGAGUUUUCCCGUCAACAGCUCCAGAACAAGAUGGAGACACGCCCCCCCCCCCCCCCCCCUCCUCCUCCCUUCCCUGGUCUUCACAGCCUUCGGAUUUCUGUUUUACGCAUCUUGCCUUACCUUUUUUAUUACUAUGUAUAAAGGAAAAAAAAAAUGUUUUCUACAUAUGUAAUGUACUCUUCCUGAUCGAAACGCAUUUCAAUGGGAAAAAUUAAAUGAAAUAGUCGAGAGGACAUUCUUAACGACCUCAUGAUAAAUAUCUUAAAAUCGGUUUGGAUCAGAAUAAAGUGCAGAUUUGUUUCCUAAUUGGUGGAAGAAUAGUUUCAGUUCUCCAGUCGCCCCCCUUCCUGUGCUAUUUAUUUGUAAAUGACCAGUACUGAACGGCUUCUCUUUGAAACGCGUAUUUCCCCGUAGUGUUCACAAACAAGUCAUACUGAUGUACACUGAGGGGUAGGUGGCUUGGCCCAGCUGGCCCCCAGAUAAAGCUGCAACAGUUUUCUCUUUGAAUCCUCUUUUUUUUCCCCCUCUUUUCCGAGCAACGAAGGAAGCCCCUCCUGCUCCCUGGGAUCCAAGGAGAGAGACGGGUCUGGGCUUGGAGGGUCCGGUGGGCUCUAUGAAUGCAGGUUUCCAAAGCUUCCAGCUCCAAACUCGGAAUGGAAGUUCUGCGGAUGGGUUUCCCAAGGGAGCAGAUUUCCGCAUCGGUUUUAGAAUUUUGUACCCUCUCUGAUGGGUAGUAACCCCGACCACUUUCCCCUCCACACACGCGCAUUCGGUUUUUCGGUUUCGGCCUCUGCGGUAGUGUACUGUUUUUUUGAUUGGUGCUACUCUCGGCUCGGAAGCUCCAGUCUUUGCCGUUUCUUCCACUGCAGUCUUAACUCCUCAAUGUGGGAUCUGCACAGCGAGUUCUUUCUGCUGCGUUGCUGGAUGUGACUUUUGCGGUUCGAUCCAGCGUCGUGCCCCUUUUGGCGUCGAUGCGCUGUAGCUGCGCGAGAGGGCGGCCGUGAUUUCGACUGGUCCUUGCCGCUUGAGAUGAAUCGCACCCGGUGCGCGGUUCUCGGACUUCUCAGCGAAUGUAGUUUGGGAACGGGCUGGGUGAGGUAUUUGUCUCUUGGCUUCAAAAAAACACUUCUCCCAAUUUUUCUGUUCUUGCCUCUGGGGGGGGGGUUUAUUGGGGACCAGACCUUUCCUUGCACCCUGCACUUGGACAGCUGUGCCUGUGGUGUCCCCUCGCUCAGAGGCGUGACGGGUGGCAGGCAGUGUCCCUCUGGCUUGCUGACCAGUGUGGGGGCUCUCCCCGCCCUGGGGCGAUUCUCCCUGGAGUGCCUGAUGGCCACUGAUGGAAACGAACCUGAUGCGCCAGGCAUUUUUCACGAUCAGCAUUUUUACUUCAGUUUUACUUCUCGUGUGAAAUGGCGACCUGUUGUUUCUGUUCAGGUGCAGCCCAAGUCCCCUCUCUAGCCCUGCCAGCUCUGGGCUCGGAGAGCCCUACUUGACCUGUUUUUUUUUUGUUUUUUUUUACCACUGGUGAGUUCCUAGAGCUCUGACCACUCUCCCUCUGCUGCUUUCACCCUUCUGCUCUCCCUCUGUGGAUCCCCCAGGUCAGUGUUGCGCGAAGCGGUAUUAAAAAGGGGAGCAGGUUCCUUCAGACCCCUCCUUCUCCUGCGGGUGUGGGAGCCCCCCACCCAUCAAUCGAAGAGAGAGGUCACCUACCCUGAAACGACGGCUCUACCGAAACGCAGCAUUCUAAGUAAAUUGCCUUACUGCUAUACAAAGAUUUCAUGCUGUAGAUAGCUUCAUUCAGUUCAUCAUCGUAUCCUACCUAUGUUUGAAUAUGUAAGAGCACCCGGUUCGGUCGGGGGUACAGACGAGCGUCGCCCAGGUCUCGUGCCGGAAUAUGAAGGAGUUGAGGCCUGGUCUGUACAGCAUGUUGGCGCCUGGAGACACUUCUGCAAGGUGGUGUUGUGUAAAUGCCCCCCUGAAAGUCUGGAACACUUUUUCCACCUGUAGUGUCUCGUGAGGUGGGGAUGUCGGGAGCUGUGCUGUCCCGAUGCUGCCACGGCGUUCCUUUGGCGUUGAAGCCCCGCGGUUCUGGCGUUCCAGGUUCGCCUGCGAUCGGCCCACUCUUUCAUUUUCCUCGGCGCCGCGGGCAACGGCCCCUGAGGCUUAAGAUCAUCACGCCGACGGAGAUUGAACUCGCUUGGUUUCAAGGGCCGGUUUGCCCGCUGUCUCGGAAGCACGUGAUGACAAACGUCGGCCAUGUCCCCCACCCCCCCCUCGCUGACCUCCUCGAUUUCCAGCUGCAUGAGUGACCGCAGGUGCGUCUCGGCUGCUGCCUCCGGGGUCUGUCCCCGAGGGGCCGCUUUCAUUUAGAAACACGGCGAACGCACUUGAAUGGAAGAUGCUGAAGGUGGCUUGAUUAGGUGGGUUAAAGGACAGGCUGUCCAGGUGUGAUGGUGGAUUAAUUUGUCGGCCAGGUGAAUUGCACGGAGAAGCCGACUCCCUCUUCUCCUUCAAGUUAAGGCAGAUUGCUUAGUGACCCUGGUGUGCGUGUGGUGUGUUGUGGCGCGGGGGGGGUCUCCUCUGCUCGUCCCCCGUGUCGAGAGCGGCCCUUGCUCCAGCCGUGCGUCCCCUGAGGAAGGCUGAGCAGUGUGCGGCAGAAAGCAUUAACCCUUUGUGUCCCGGAACGCUGGCUCUGACCGCAGAAUUUGGCCCCCGGCAUCAGUACGUUUUCAGUCUGUAAAAACACCGUUGCAGUAAUUAGCUGAACAUGCUUUCAUGGAAGUGGAAAAAUUACAGCAAUGCCCUUAGGUUUUGCCUACUUGAUGUGCAAGUUGUUGAACUCCUAUUUUUUUUAUCUUAGAGAAGUGUGACGCUCUGGGCAUUGUUGUGCUGUAUAGGGGAAUAUCGUGGUUUUGUUAUCAGUAGUUAUUUUUAUUUCCUUAGACUCAGCAGCAUUUGGCUCCUUCUCAUUCAAGUCAUUCCUGUAGUUUUUUUUAAUUUUCAUUUCUUUUUUUUUAACUGAGCUGUUGCAUGAUGUUUAAACCCUGUGAUAUCAUCCCCAAUAAAGAUUUUAUGGGAAA